AUGCCAAGAAAGGAAGGGAGCGUAGCACAGUGGGUUUUAUUCCCAGCUGGAGCAGGAUAUUCAAUAUGCAUGGCCCUAAAGGGUAAACUAGGUCUAAAUGAGAAUAUUCUCAAACAGAUAUUCAUGCCAUGCAAUUACGCAGUGUCUUGUAUAAUUAUUUUGGCUCUAAUUUUAGUCACUGACAAAAAGUCAGUUAGUAAACUGAAAAAGAUAUACAGUAGUAUAUUUGUGCUGUCUGCAGUAUAUAUCAUGGUAGCCAGAUUAUUCCCAGAUAGUUUCAUUAAUAGAUGUGCUACAAUUGCACAGCACUAUAUAACAGUCUAUUUCAUCUGUGGUUCUAUUUUCGCAUGGGAAAGACUGCCACUUAUUUCAAUGCUUUCAAAGGAGAUUUCUCCUAAUACGCACUGGGACUUCAAGGUAGGAUAUGCCGUGUUGAAUGUAGCCAUAUACUCUACUCAUACGUAUUCUUUACACUUUUUCAACAGUCAAUUAGAUCUAUCCAUCUGUGACUAUGGAUAUUUCGGGUGUAUGUCUGUCUUCUACAUGGCAAAUACACUCAUUGGUCCAUAUGCUGAGAGAAAUAGAGCAACAAAAAAGACAACUAUUUUUCUGACUUUGGCUUCAUCCUUUGUCUAUACACUAUUCUUGGUGAUUCGUGUUUUAAGCAAAGGUUCUGUCCCAAUGAUCCCUAUAUAUGCCCUGUUUGCUGUUUAUCUUGUCUUACUUUCUGCUAUUUUUCCGUUAUAUGAUGUUCUUGUUUUGAACCAUUUAGAAAAAGAAUAUAAAGAGAUGGAACUGGCUGAGAGGAAGGAAAUAUUCACUCGUAUUAGACUAUGGGCAUCGAUUGGUCAUGCUAUCUCAGGCAUGGUUAUUUCAUAUCUUUAUAAGACACUUGUUGCUAACCCUACUGCUAUCUCCAAGAAAGAUGUACCAUUUGAGCUUUUUGUUGUUCUGAUUGUUGUCGUUGUAUGCAGUGCUGUUUGUUUUGCAGGAAUUGUCCAUAGAUCCCUUGAGGAGAAAACGGAUAUUUCAACGAGUUUAUUUAAGAAAAAAACCGUUGUAAAAGAUGUCACUACGCAGGCUGUAGAGGUAUCUGAAGAAGUGAAGAAACCUCAGAACCUUCUGAGGGACCCAAAUUUCCUCUUUUUGAUCUUUGUCAUCACUGCAAUUGGAGUCACAAGAGGGAUUUCUUCUCACUAUUUAGUCACUUACCUCUCAGUUUACUUUGAAGUUGAAUUUUCCAAAGUCACUUCUAUCUUGUGCAUCAGAACUUUCAGUGAAAUGUGCAUUCUUUACUACAGCAAGCACCUUCUUAGGUUCUUUGGUUACCAUUGGCUGCUUCUUUUUUCUCUUUUGGCUGCUACCUUGAGAGACUUUAAUUACGCCUUGCUUCCAAACAGGUAUACAAUACUUUUUGCAACAAUUAAUGAAAUGUUUAAGGGAAUUAGCUCAUCCUGCCUUAUAUUUAGUGCUGUAAAUAUAGUAGAUGAACUUGCUGAUAACAGCAACAAAGCCGUUGCUCAGACAUUUUACAGUGGAUUUUAUAAUGGAAUAUCCAUUAUGGUUUCUUCUCUUCUGAGUAUUGGAAUUAUCAGGUGGUUUAAAGACUUUAGGUCACUUUUCCAUGCAUCAUCCACAAUUGGGUUUAUAUGCAGCUCCAUUGUCAUUAUAAAAUACGGUUUCAUCGAUAGAAAACUGCAGCUCAGAAAGAGAGAAAAUAUUAAGUGA